UGUAAAAAAAUUUCAGAUCGGAGGUUUUUUUUUUCUUUUGCUUGGCCCAUUGUCUUUUUACCGUACCCGGACCCCACACCUGGGACCAAUUCAAAUAACUUUAUUUCAAUUCACAUUUACAAUUUCACCCUUCCUUAACUCCUUUAUAAACGAACCUUGCUUCCCCUUUUCUUAGCUCACAAGCACCCUCUCUCUUCUCAGGCGGAAAGCUCCCGAGGAGAAGAAAGACGCAAUGGCAAAAGGCAGCAACAAGCUGACGAAGCUCAAGUCAGUUCUCAAGAAGCUAAACUCAUUCAGCAGCAAGCAAAGCCGCCCGACAUCAAGCUCCGUAGUGGCGGCUUCUGACAUCGACGAAGAAUCACCGGCCAAUCUCCAGCUUGUCUACGUGGGAAAAUCUCGGAGGCGAUACCUUAUUAGCUCCGCCAUUAUCGACAAGCCCCUGUUUCGCGAACUCGCGGAAUGGUCUGGCGAAAAUGACAGCAUCAUCAACGUUUCGUGCGAGGUUGUCUUGUUCGAACACUUGCUUUGGAUGCUCGAAAAUGCUGAUCCUCAGCCUGAUUCUUUGGAGGAGCUUGUCGAGUUUUACGCUUGUUGAUUGUUUGGAUAAAAGAGAUGUUCCCGUGGGAUCAUUCGCAUGUUACCGAUCCAAGUUGUACAUUAUUUUAUGAUAAUAAUGUGAUUAGGCGGUGUAGAAGAAACCAAAAAACCAUUGUAGAGAGAAAAAGGGACUGCGCUGAUCAGAAUUUCGAGGAAGAAAACAAAGAGAGAGAGAGAGAGAGAGAGAGAGAGAGAGAGUUAAUUUCAACGGUGAGGAUUUAACCGAAUUCACGCCGGUAAAUCUGUAAGCCUGGUGGGGGCUUAUAGUUGUGUAUCAUUGUUGUUCAUCGUCAUUUAUUUAUUUUUCUUAUUUAAUUAUA